GACGCCGCGCCCAGGCGGUCGCCGCGGCAGGCACGAAACGGCUGAUCCCGGCUGAACUCUAGCUGAACGGACAAAACUGUUGGUCAGGGCAGAACGGGAGUAAAAGUGUGCAUCAGAUUCGUUGCAUACCGCCCAAUUAACGAUGACGACAGUCGACCUGACGCUUUUGAAGUCGUGGCUCGAAGAGCUGACCCCGGCCCAACUCUACUCCCUGGACGACGCCGGCCUUCCUUGGCUCCCGCCGCUGCAGAAUAAGAGGCGUCGUCGUGCCGUGAACGACAUCAUUCGUGCUUUGCAAGACGUGACGGACCGGAGCCAGCGGCUGCACUGUGUUGCUUGGCUACACUGCUGGCUGCUGCCGCGAAGAAGCAUUCGUCCGUGGCAGGUCAUUCGCUUCGAGACGGCUUCGGUUCUUGCCAACUUUCGGAGGCUGCUGUCACGCACGGCGACGGUGCUUCGAGUUCACGGCUGCGAGGUGACGCCAGCGUGGACCGUGGACGACGGCACCGUGUUCGCCUGCCUGCUCGUCCAGAACCUGGAGGCCUUGUCUCUCGACCACGAGGCGUCGUACGUGGUCCUGUGGCCCGGGCUGCCGCUCAUGGCGUUGUUUGCCCCGGAGCCACGUUUAGUACGCAACUUGCUGCUGGCGUUGCACAGGGCAACGGCAGGCGCACCGGUGCAGAAGCUGGACGUGCCGUGUGGAGACCUCGAGACGGUGUUCCGCUCAUGCUUGUCGCAGCUACCGAUACAGGUUGAGCCGGGUACCCUCAAUGUUCCCAAAGUGACAAAAGAUGUGCGCAACCCACCAACAGAUGACAAGGAUUCACGAGAGCGCCUUGACAAGUGGAAUGCCGCUCUUGCCGAACUUGGGCCUUCUCUACGACCUGUGGAUAGCUCGUACACUCUCACUGAUGGGAAAGGGACCUGGUUGCGCUUUGAAGGCCCCGACUUGAUAGAUAAGCUGCGUGAUCUCUACGUACGUGGCUUCGAUACAAUUCUCAGCAAACGCGUGCUGCCGGCUUUUCUCGGAAUUGACUAUCACACUGUAGGAAGUGCCAUUGUUGUGGAUUCUGAUUAGAUGUGCUAUAUAUGGUAUUUACAUUUGUUACAUUCUCCAUACUGUAUUGUUGUCUCAUUUGGUGGCUGCUCCACCGGUUUAUAUUGUGUUAUGGCUUGUAGGAAUUGUACGGAGACUAUGUGCUUUUCACCUGUAUAUACAUUUUAAGUUGAUCUCCUUUUAUUUAUGUCAGUAAUUUCCUGCACUUCUAAUCAUUUCAUUAUGUUUCAUUUCUAAUCAUUCAUUUCACUUCUAAUCAUUUCAAUGUGUUGAUUUUAGUGUUACUGCUGUAUUUGUCAAAAAGUUGUGUGUCUUCCUGAUGUUAUUGUACCUCACAGUACAAAGUGGAUGUGUGAAAUUUGAGCAUAAGACAGGCCAGCCAGAUAAUUUUUUGUUUUUGUAAUUUUGACAUAUUUGUAAUAGCAGCAAGAAACUGCUGGUUUUAAUAAUUUACCACCAUUUAUCCACAUUGACAAUGCCUCUUUUAUUGCCAUUUCAUAGUUCAUUUCGCCAGUGCCAAGCAAACUGACAUCUUUCCUUGUUCAAAAAUCUUAUCAAAACAAGCCCUUUGAUGAGCAGAAUAUUUUGUAAGACGUUUUUCUAGUUUCCCACGAACACUGCUUUUAUUUCAAGCUGCAGUUCUGAUGAAACAAACUUGGAAACAAGUCCUCUUCAUGCCUGUCCUAAAGUUAGGCUGCUGUGUGUGUUCUUGUUUCACUUACAUAUCAUCGUCAUAAUGUUACCCUUAGGCAUAAUUCAGAGCCUAUUAAAAGGAAUUUUAAUACUUUGACUCAAAUAAAUUUUUCUUACGUUCUAUGUCACACCUGUGCUUUUAUUCGUGGCCAAUAACGGUGCACUGAAAGCUUGCCCAGCUUUCUGUCCUCUUCUGCACUUUAGUAUGAGGCUACUCCUACUCUAUUACUUACGCUGCAG